AUGUCUCUAUUAUCCCCUUGCCCUAACGUUAAACAUCGUCUCCAUCUACACACAACGCCUCCGAAUCGGGUUCUGUUGCUUGCGUUCUCUUCCAUCGCUGCUGCUUCUGUUGUCGAGCCAUCUCUUCCCUGCUCGCCGCCGGUAUCCCUCUCGUCUCCACCGGCCGGAGAUCGUUGCAGCCCAAAGGAAAUGGAUGAAACACUAAUAAUUAUUGUGAAUCUGGUGAUUCUUUAUUAA